AGGGGAGGCCGGGGUUUCGGAAGCUACUCGCUCCGCCAAAUCGGUGACCGUUUUGGAUAAUCUCGAAGCUUCUCGACGCUUCGGGAAUCGGGGUUGCGAAGCUACUGUUGCGAGGUGAUACACCAAAUCGCCUCCUACGACCUGAGCACUCCGCCGCCUCCGGCGAACCUUAGGGUUUCGACGACAAGAUGCAGAAGCUGGGUUUCUCGGGGCUUAGAGGACUCGAGGGGUUCCGAUCUCUCGCUGGAACCACCUUGACGGCCGGGAAGGCCCCGAACCCCAAACCGUCGGCUGAUAUUGGAGGGAGCACGUACGGGAGCUUCGCCAAUCUUAAGAUCACAGCAGAAAAAAUGGUUAAGGAGCAGGCUUCAGUGAAGACUGAUCUAGAAAUGACGCAUAACAAAUUGCGAAGAGCAACAGAACAGAUAAAUCUGUUAGAAUCAAAGCUCCAACAAGCCAUCAAUGAAAAUGCGAAGCUUAAGGUGAAACAGACUGAAGAUUCAAAGCUCUGGCAGGGAUUAGAUUCAAAAGUUUCCUCAACAAACACUCUGUGUAAUCAACUGACAGAAACUCUGCAGCAGCUAGCCAGUCAGACGGAAAGAGCUGAGGAAGAUAAAAGGUUAUUUGAGGAAAUUCUUGGCAAGAAUUCCAAAGCUUUAGAAGAAUUCAACUGCCUGUUGCACGAUUCCUCAAAAAAACUGGAAUGUGCAGAACAAAAGAUCAUUUCAGGGAAACAGGAAAUGUUGCGGAUCAAACAAGAGAAAGAAGAGAUGGAUCAGAGUUACAAGGAACAGAUAUAUGCAAGUGAUACUGCCAUAAAGGAAAAAGAUUCUCUCAUCAAACAGUUGGAAGCUUCCGUUGAAGAAAAUAAAGCCCGUAUGUUGUAUCUUGACUCCCGUUUGCAAUGCAUGGAGCAAGAAUUGAAGCUAAAAGAAGAUGUUUGCAUUUGUCUGAAUGAAAACCUAGCAAGCACUGAAAGUGAAAAGAAUGAUUUGCAGAUUAGGAAUGAGGGCUACAAUCUGGAAGUUAAAAAACUAUGCAAGGACAACAAGGAGCUUAAUGAAUUGCUUAGCGGUUUUAUGGCUAAAGUAACUGAGCUAGAUAAAGAGCACACAUCAAUGUCAAGUGAUGUUUCUCGGUUGAUUUCUUCAUUUGAGAGAUACGAUGGCAAAGUUCAAGAGGAGAAAAUACUUAUAAUACAAUCUGCUAAGGACAAAUUUGAGCAUCUCCAAAGUCAGUACGUACAUUUGAUAUCAGAAAACAAUUCUCUCCAAACUGAAAUCAAGGAGCUGAUGUCCAGAAUCAUAGAGCUGCAGAAAACUCAAGAGAUUGUCAUGGUUCAACAUGUAGAAGAAUGCCAAAUAGCUGAAGAUAAGAUCAGAAGAUUGGAGUCUGAAGCAGAAAUUUCUGCCUCCAACAUUAGUCAGUUAGAAAAGGCAGCUUCUGACCUAGAAGGGAGGGUUCAAAAAUUACUGGAAGACUCUAGAUCUGCUGAAAGUCAUAAGCAAGAGUUGAUUCAGAAGAUUCUGAGGCUGGAAUCAGAUAAUCAGGAGCUUCUAGGUCAAGUGCAGUCUGUCUUGGAUGAGAAGUCUAAUGAUAAAGAAUCUCUGCAAGGAGAGAUAGCUAAGCGUGACCAGCAGGUUGAGGCACUUGAGAAUCAGGUCAAUCAGCUUCGCAGUAUUAUUGAUGAGAAAGAGCAACUGUAUACUUGUGCUGUAGAAAGAGAGAAGAAUUUAGAGGAACAGAAGUUACAGGUCCAAGCAUCACUUGCUGCAACAGAAAGCCAACUUACUGAGGCAAAAAAACGGUAUGAUACCAUGCUUGAAGGUAAAAAGAUAGAACUGUCCAAGCAUCUGAAAGAAUUAUCACUAAAAAAUGAUCAGGCAAUCAAUGAAAUCCGUAGGAAAUAUGAACUAGAAAAGGUAGAGAUCAUUAACACUGAAAAAGAAAAGGCAGAGAAGCUCAUAAAGGAAAUGGAAAACAAAUGCAAUGAAAAGAUUUCAGAAAACAAGCAAGACUCUGAUAUGUAUAUGAUGAAUCUGAAGGAGGAGCAUGGCGCAAUGGUUGCAAGAAUUCAGCAGGAUAAUGAGCACAAGGAAUCAACUCUUCGAGCUUAUCAUAAAGAAGAACUCCAGCGCAUUCAAUCUCAUGCCGAGAAUGAAUUGAGGGAGAGGCUGUCAUCACUAAGGAAAGAUCAUGAAAUUCAAAUAAAAUCAUUGACUAUACAACAUGAGGAAGAUUGCCAGAAACUUCAGGAUGAACUGGAGCUGCAGAAGUCAAAGGAGGAGAAACAAAGAGCACUAUUACAGUUACAAUGGAAAGUAAUGGGUGAAAACCAACAAGUUGAUCAAGAAGUAAACUCUAAGAAGGAAUACUCUGUUUCAUCAAUAAAGAGGAGAGAUCCAUAUAUCAGAAAAGAACACCAGCUUCAGUUGGUAAGUCAUGAUGAAACCAAACGGAAGGAUGUUAAUCUAUCUGGCAUUAUACAGUCACCAAUUUCAAAUAUUCUGAGAAAGGUAGAGAAAGGAACCCAGGAUAUUCCUAAGCAUAGAAAGGUAACACAUCAUGAAUAUGAAGUUGAGACAGCAAAUGGAAGAAUCACAAAGCGCAGGAAAACUAAGAGCACCGUCAUGUUUGGGGAACCCAACACUCAAAAGUCAUUGCAUAAUACUGCUGACACUGAUCAUACAAAAGUGAGAAAGGUUGUCUCUGGAUCCCAUCCCCAUCCUGCAAACAUUGGUGAAUUGUUCUCUGAGGGCUCCUUGAAUCCAUAUGCUGAAGACCCUUACGCAUUUGGCUAGAAGCUCACAUUUGAGGUGCUGACCUUCAGAAGCAUGAUUAUGGCUCCCGAGUGCAAUCCCAAGUCGGAUUGAAUCAAUGAUCUUUUAUCCUGCUUGAUCAUGGCAUCUGACCAUCCUGCUGUUCGAAACGACUACGAUCCUGGAGGAAGUGUUGUCUCCUUGAGUGCUAAACAUUCAAUAUUCGAGCAUUAAGUAUAUGCCGCUCCAAGGGCUUACGUAAAUCAAAAUAAUUGCUAAAUAAUUGACUUUUAUCUGCAAUUAUACUAAAUUGAGUCAGAACUUUGACAAACAUCUUGAUAUAUGGUAAUGCAUGGUAGAAAUAACAUUUCUAAAUCAAACUGAUAGUUGCUCGGUAGUGGCAGUGACAGCAAUAAUGCUCAGGAAUAAGUAAGCUGUACAGACUAAGGGCAUGAGCAAAAUCCAUUCACGGACAAUAUUAAUUAUUUUAUUUUCUUGCACAUCCAAUAAA